AUGUGCUCAACCAACGCUACCGACUUCUUGCGAGCUCUGCCCAAGUGCGAGCACCAUAUCCAUAUCGAGGGCACGCUCGAGCCAAAGAUGCUCUUCGCCCUCGCCGAGCGACACAACAUCACCCUCGACUCGUCCAUGUACAGCACCAUCCCCGCGCUCGAAGAGAGAUACCGCAACUUUGCCAACCUGGACGACUUCCUCGCCUAUUUCAACAAAGCGAUGGACGUCCUCCUCGACGAAGAAGACUUUGCCGCCCUCGCCUUUGCCUACAUGCAGCGCGUCCAUGCAGAUGGACUCGUACACGCCGAGAUCUUCUUUGACCCGCAGGCGCACACCGGUCGCGGAGUUGCGUUGAGUGUGGUGGUGAACGGGUUGAAGAAGGGGUUGAAGCAGGGCGAGCUCGAGUUCGGCAUCUCGACGGAACUCAUCAUGUGCUUCGUCAAGCACUUGCCGGUCGAGUCGGCGCUGGAAGCGGUCGCCGAGAUGAAGCCUUUCGUCGAGAAGGGGGACGUGAUUGGGCUAGGGGCGGACUCGUCGGAGAAGAACAACCCUCCCUCCAAGUUCGCCGCCGUCUACUCGCUCGCUCGCGAACUGCACUUCCCGCGCCUCACGAUGCACUCGGGCGAAGAAGGCCCCGCCGACUGGGUCCGCCAAACCGUCUUCGACCUCGGCAUCAACCGCGUCGACCACGGCUUCCACGCGGCGGACGACGAGAAGUUGUUGGAGGAGCUCGCGAGGCGCGAGACGUUCCUUACGCUGUGCCCGUUGUCGAAUGUGCGGUUGCAGGUCACGCCUGAGGGAGUGCACCAGAGUCCGAUUCCGCUGCUGUUGGAGAAGGGGGUCAAGUUCAGCUUGAACUCGGACGACCCGGCGUACUUUGGCGGCUACAUCCUCGACAACUACCUCGCCGUGCACGCCGCCUUCAACUUCCCCAAACCGACCUGGCGCCGGAUCGCACAGAACGGGAUCGACGGAUCGUGGUGCUCGGACGCGCGGAAGGCGGAACUGUCGGAGCGGUUGGAGGCGGUUAUGCAGCAGUGGGAGGGGAAGGAGAUUUAG